CUCCCAAUUCCCCGUUUCAAAAUAAGGAAAGCAAAUUUCUCCCCCCCCAACCCCCCCCCAAAAUAAUCCCCCCACUUCUCCAAUGGAGAGCAGCGGCACAGAGGCGGCCAUGGCGGCGGCGGCGGCGGCGGUAGGAGGCUACGGCGGCUGCGGCGGGUGGGAGACGCCGAAGCGGGAGGAAUGCCGCAUCCCGGCCACGCUGCCUUGCCCUGCGGCGCCGAGGAAGGCCGUGCCGGACUUCGGCAAGCCCCGGGGACCGCCCAAGAACGGCUACUUCCAGCCGCCGGACCUCGAGGCCCUCUUCGCGCUUGCGCCCCGCCGGCAGGCCUCGUGCGCGUGAAUUGGCGGCGACGGAACCGGAAGCAGCGGAGAGCUCUGCAUUAGAUUGAUUUUGGGAGCUUCCGUUUAAGAAAAAGGGAGCUGUAGAUACUUAGCAGUUUCUCCUCUGUUGUACUACUCUAGGGUAUUAGUACGGGAUUAGGGAGAUGGUAGGAAUGCUCUAGGGAAUAGUGAGUAGCUAGGUGGGGGUGGAGGUUUGAUAUGUGAGGAGAGCUCAUAAGCAUACCGUUUUGUGUUGGAUGAGAUGAUAAAUCCUUAUUUGUUUCUUGCUCUGUUGUGAUCUGCUCUGCUUGUUUAUUGGGCAUUUGUUUUUACCA